AUGGGUAAACGUCCGCACUCAAAGAACCAGGUCGGCCUUGGUAAGGCUAUUAUGAACAGCCGUUUCAAGAACAAGGGUCCGCCGAAGGAGUUCGAUACUCAGCGUCACACAACCCUUCACGACGUCAAGGAGGAGGCGAGCUGGGUCAAGUUGAGAUCAAUCACUCAGGAGAAGGCUUUGGAUGAGUUCUUGUCUACUGCGGAGCUUGCUGGUACCGAGUUCACCGCCGAACGUCAGAAUAUCAAGAUUAUUACCAACGAAUCCGUCAACCCAUACCUCCUCACCCGUGAGCAGGCAGACGAGGUCGCGGCGAAGGAGCAGGCACAGAAGGACAAGCUUACCGUCCCAAGAAGACCAAAGUGGGAUGCUACUACGACCCCGGCAGAGUUGGAGAGAAACGAGAGGGACUCAUUCUUGGAGUGGCGAAGGCAGUUGGCGGAGUUGUCGGAGAACCACGAUCUUAUGUUGACGCCUUUCGAGCGUAACUUGGAGGUCUGGAGACAACUGUGGCGUGUCAUUGAGCGUUCAGAGUUGGUUGUUCAGAUUAUCGACGCGAGAAAUCCCUUGCUGUACCGUUCGAUUGAUUUGGAGAAGUAUGUCAAGGAGAUCGACCCGUCUAAGCGCAACUUGUUGUUGAUUAACAAGUCCGAUUUGUUGACUUUGAAGCAGAGGAAGCUGUGGGCGGAUUUCUUCGAUAACGAGGGUAUUUCGUACAGGUUCUUCUCGGCGGCAUUGGCGAAACAGACUUUGGAGGAGGGUAUCGAAGAGGAGAGUGAUGAGGACUUCUAUUCCGAGGAUGAGGAUAUGGAUGAUGAGCUUAAGGGUGCACGGUUCGAGUUCGAAAACGAGGACGAGGACGAGGACGAGGAUGAGGAUGAGGAGGAAGACGAGGAGGACGAGGAGGAGGAGGAUGAGGAGGAGGAUGAGGAGGAUGAGGAGGACGACGAAGAGGAUCUUGCGGAGGCAGCGGCGAACGUCAAGCUUGACGAGCACGCCGCUGACGCGGCUGAUUCAACACUACCAGAGGAGAACGAGACCUCAAGACAACAGGAAUACGAAGACGAGGAUCCCAGAACACAUAUCUUGACCGUCGAGGAGCUGGAAGAAGUCUUCCUUCGCGAAGCACCAAAGGUCUCCGGACCCGACCCCGGAAACCCCAUGCUCCCCCGCCGAACAAACAUCGGUUUGGUCGGUUACCCCAACGUCGGAAAGUCCUCCACCAUCAACGCACUUCUUGGAGCGAAGAAGGUGUCUGUCUCUGCUACACCCGGUAAGACGAAGCAUUUCCAGACUUUGCUCUUGUCCCCUGAGAUUGUGUUGUGUGAUUGUCCUGGUCUUGUUUUCCCUAACUUUGCGCAGACGAAGGCUGAGUUGGUGUGUAACGGUGUCAUGCCUAUCGACCAGUUGAGGGAGCACACCGGUCCUGCCGCCUUGGUCGCCCAGCGUGUGCCUAAGGAGGUUAUCGAGGGUACCUACGGUAUCACCAUUCACACCAAGCCUAUCGAGGAGGGCGGUGACGGUAUUCCCACGGCGGAAGAGUUGUUGGUUUCCUACGCUGUCGCCCGUGGCUUCACCAAGUCUGGACAGGGUAACCCCGAUGAAGCCCGUGCCGCUCGUGUCAUCUUGAAGGACUACGUUAAGGGUAAGGUUCUCUUCUGUCACCCACCUCCGAUCGAGGGUGUGACCGAGAGGAACUUCAACGAGGAGAACCACGACGUUAAUAGCCUUCCCACCAAGAAACGUGCCCCUGUCACCCACGUUUCCCAGAAGGCUUCUACUUUCAUUCCCUCUAUGGCUGCUUCCAGUGGUGAGGCUGGCCCGUCGUUGCACACUAAGAAAGGAGCCAUUGACCGCGACUUCUUCCAUUCGCAAAUGCACUCACGUCCCAUCUUCAAGGGUGUCGCAGGUGCCGCAGGUGCCGGUAACGGUCUUGGUCGUGUCACCAUGUACGGCUUCCAGAAAAGUGUGAACGCCGAUGGUACGGGAAAGCAGCUUACUGGAAGAAAGGCUCGUGCGGCCAUGGCCACUGAGAUGGGUGUUGACCCUGCUCAGUUGAACUCCAAGAAGCACAGCAAGAUGAACAAGAGAGAGAAGAAGCGCAGUGGAGCUGGAUAUGACUAA